AUCGAUAGCAACGACAACAACAACAACAAUAAUAGCCAACAAAAAAAUUUUUUGGCCACUUUAUCGGCGGACAGACACACACACACACUACAAACCCGAUAACUACUACUAACCUAUAAUUUUUUUUUGUGGACACAUCACACACCCGCGACAAAAAAUGGCCAAACGAAUAGCCGAAAAACAGCUAACAAUGGAUAACUACGACCAGGAAGACGACUACGUGAUACCCGACGGCGGACCGCAAGUGGCCGCCCAAGACAUACUCAGCAACCGACGUAUGGCCAGAGCUCGCCGACGUGUGGACAAUACGGACAGUACAAACACGUCGUCGUCGUCAUCAUCGACAGCGGCCGCCGACGAUAACGAUAGCACGCCUUCGCCGGCGUUCAAAGCGUUUGGCGGUUUCAAAGGUCUCGGCAGCGGCACAACAGCACCCGCGGCGACGGCAAAGUUUGACGCGUUUAAGUCUUUUGCGGCUACCGUUACAACCAGUGAUAAGAGCCAGCCGUCACCGGCGCCGCCGGUGUUGAUGACCACCGCUACUAUUCCAACCACAACCAGUCUAACCAUUAGUACACCAUUACAACAGUCGGCGCCGUCGUCGUCGUCGUCGUCAUCAUCAUUAUCGGCGGCCAGUUAUACGAACGGCCGAUCAAAACUAAACGAUACCAUAAAGACUAACAAACCCGUGGCCAAUGAUUUGAAGGCCAACGAUGACGGCAAUGAAGAUAAUAAUGAGGACGAAGAAGACGUUGUCUAUUACCAGAAACUGGAAAAACUAAACAAAUCGUUCAUAAAACACAUCAAUAAUUACUUAACGCAAUCCUUUAAGUACGACCUGACUAUCGUAUGUCGCGAAUACAUUGAACAUCAUCGCAAAAUCGAGACCGAAUCGGCCGAUUCGGUAACUAUUACUACUACAGUAAAACCCGCCGCCGUCGCAGCCGCCACUAUUGUCACCCCUAAAAUUUCCGCUUCCGAAUCGUCUACUACGGUAAAACCCGCCGCCACUCAAAUUGCCGCUUCCGAAACGUCUACUACUACGGCCUCAAGCGGUGGCUUCAAGCCAUUUGCCGCUACUUCCGCUACUACAUUGAAGUCGACCGGUUCGGCGUUUAAGCCGGUCUCUACGUUGACCAGUGACAACAGCAGCAGCAUCGGUAGUUUAUUUGGUGCGUCUAAUAAGAUCAUCGGUGCAACCGAUAAUAGUAGUCAACAGUCAUCAUCAAACGAGUCGUCCACUGGUGUCGGCACACAGACAUCGACUAUCUCUUCAAACACCAACUCAUCGCAGGCCAGUAGUAGUCUGUUUACAAGCAGUCAACCAACCAAACAGGACACCGAUAAGCAAACUGUUGUACUGUCAACUCUGAAAGAGGACACCGACAAACAAAUUGUUGUACCAAAGCUGACGUCACCGCCGCCGCCUGUAAUCAAUCCAUUUGUUUCGCCGUCUUUGUCGGCGACGACGACGACGACCAACCAAAGUUCAGUUAGCCCAGCGAUGACAACAACAUUCACAUUCAAACCGAAUCCAUUACUGGGAACGACCAAUACGUUUGGUUCCUUAUCGUCAUCGAUCGGUAGCAGCAGUGGUGCACAACAACCGUCGACCAGCGAUGGCAACGAUGACGAUACCGAUGAACCGCCUAAAGUGGAAUCAGUAGAGCACAGGGAGCCGGACGCUGUUUAUACGAAAAAAUGUAAACUGUACUUCAAAAAGGACAGCAACUGGACAGAGAAAGGUGUCGGCUAUCUGUAUAUCAAACGAGAUCCCGACACCGAUAAGGCACAGCUGCUGAUGCGUGCCGACAAUACAUUGGGUACAAUACUGUUGCACAUUGCGCUCAGCGAAUCGUUGCCGAUAGUCGAGGCCAAAAACAAAGGCGUAUUUCUUACUUGUAAACCGAAUCCGCCGAUAAACCCGAAGUUGCCGGACGACGAAUCCAGCGUAACGUUUCUGAUUCGUGUCAAACCAGUCGACAUACCGGAGCUGUUGAAGCAAUUGGUCGACAAUAAGACGAAAUCCGAUUAA